AUGGCUACGAAUUCUAUUAAGCUAUUAGCACCUGAUGUGCAUCGUAACCUGGCCGAAUUAGUGGCAAAAAGGUUAGGAUUAAAACUCACAGACUGCAAGUUGAAGCGUGACCCCAGUGGGGAAGUUUCUUUCUCCAUCGGAGAGUCUGUGAGAGACCAGGACAUCUUCAUUGUUACGCAGAUCGGAUCUGGUGAUGUGAAUGACCGUGUAUUGGAGCUUUUGAUUAUGAUCAACGCUUCCAAGACUGCUUCUGCUAGAAGAAUUACUGCGGUAAUUCCUAAUUUCCCAUAUGCAAGACAGGACAGAAAGGAUAAGUCACGUGCACCAAUUACCGCUAAAUUGAUGGCAGAUAUGCUAACCACCGCCGGUUGUGAUCAUGUUAUCACUAUGGACUUGCAUGCUUCCCAAAUUCAGGGUUUCUUUGAUGUUCCUGUGGAUAACUUGUAUGCUGAACCAUCUGUAGUAAGGUAUAUCAGGGAAAACGUUAACCAUAAGGAAGCUAUCAUCAUAUCUCCAGAUGCUGGUGGUGCCAAACGUGCAGCAGGUUUGGCUGAUCGUUUGGAUCUAAACUUUGCGUUAAUUCAUAAGGAAAGAGCUCGUGCUAACGAAGUGUCUAGAAUGGUGCUUGUUGGUGACGUUACUGACAAGAUUUGCAUCAUCGUUGAUGAUAUGGCAGAUACUUGUGGUACUUUAGCUAAAGCUGCUGAAAUUUUGUUGGAAAACAAGGCUAAAUCUGUUAUCGCUAUCGUGACUCAUGGUAUUCUAUCAGGUAAAGCCAUCGAAAAUAUUAAUAAUUCGAAACUUGAUAAGGUUGUUUGUACAAACACUGUUCCAUUUGAGGAAAAAAUGUUAAGAUGCCCAAAGUUGGACUCUAUUGACAUUUCUUCAGUUCUAGCAGAAGCCAUUCGUCGUCUACAUAACGGUGAGAGUAUCUCAUAUUUGUUCAAAAAUUACCCCCUAUGA